AUGAACCAUAAAACGAAGAUCCGGCUUCAAAAUGAGUUGAAUGAGAAAGAACUCAAGCUAGGUUACGCUGGAGACACGAGUAAAAGUUGGCACAGCGUCUACAAAGACUCAGCUUGGAUUCAUGUUGGUGGACUAGACUUUGGCCUAACUGAAGGCGACUUGUUGGCUGUGUUUUCACAGUAAGUUUUUUAUUUUUUUUGAGUUUUAGGUAUUGUUUCGAUUUUUUUUCUGGACAAGAAAAUUUAACUUUAGCAUUCUUUAGGUAUGGAGAAAUUUGUAACGUGAACAUAAUUCGAGAUUACAAGACCUUAAAGUCUAAAGGAUUUGCUUUCAUAUGUUACCAAGAUCAGCGGUCAACAGUUUUAGCAGUAGACAACUUUAACGGUAUUAAACUCGCUGGAAGAGAACUGAAAGUAGACCAUGUGGAGUCGUUUAAACCUCCAAAGUAUAAAGAAAGUGUACCUGAACAGCUAUUAAAGAUUUGGUCAGACGGAUGCGCUCCUAAACCUAUUAAUCUCAGCAAAGGUAAGGUUUUUGCUUUUUUGUUCGAAUUUUAGGUAAUAAUGAUUCAUAGGGGCGAAGAUUAACCCAGCUACGAUUUUUAAAUUCACUGUAUUACUUUUAAAUCAAAAUCUGCUAUUAAAUACUAAAAUCCAACAAAUUUUAGAAGAAAUAGAACGUGACUAUGAGAGACAGCAAACAUUGAAGGCACAACAGAUUGCUGAAGCUGAAGAGUUAAGGAAGUUGGACGACAAGAAGGAGGAAAUGAGCUUGAAGGAGAUCAAAAAGAUGAACAAACAGAUGAAGAAGGAAAUGAAGAAGCUUAAGAAAAGAGAGAAGAGGGAAAAGAAAAAACAGAAGAGAUCACGCACGCCAUCAGAAGGGAAAGGAACAGCAGAUUCUGUGUCAAAAUGGGAUGACAAAAAGAAGAAAGAUCUCGAUUAUAGGAAGAUGGAUGUAGGUUUUGAGCUAUAUUACUAUUUGUUUUUUAGUUGCAAAAAACUUCUAAUUGACUAUUUCAAGACGAUGACUAAUUUUACUUAUACUUGCCUUGUUUCAGGACGAAGACUUCUACGGAUCGAGUAAAGCCUUCAACUUUGGGAAGAAACGAAAGGAGAUACCAGAAGGACCAACUCAUAAUCUUCGACCAGACUUUGAGAAGGCUGAUUGGCGUGAUAUUGAACUGUUCAAGAUAAUGAGAGAACAGGAAAAGGCCGAAAAUGGAGAGAAACCAAACAAUUUCAAGGAAGAAGAACAUUAUCUACCUAAUCGGUUCAACUAA